AAUAAAAGCGGAGAAGAACCCGAAGCACGCUUAAAGGGGAGAAGAAAAGUCACGGUGGUCAACAUUCGGAAGGUUAUUUGUUGUUUUUGAGGAGUUAAACGUCGACUGGAUCUGGGUCUGCGGUAAACUAAUCCGGGGUCCGUGGACAGCAGUAGGGAUGUUGGCGAGAAACGUUCUGAGCAGAAGUUUCUCCUCCCACCAGCUAAGUAAAAAUAUCACCUUCUACAUGAGCCAGGAGGCCCCUGGCUCGCCAGCGGGUCCCAGGCAAGCCUGUGACCAACAUAAGCCUCUAACGCUCAUGCUGCCAUGGAUGGGAGCACGUCCCCAAGCUGUGGCCAAGUACUAUGAGAUCUACCUGCGCACCGGCUUUGACGUGCUGGUUGUGGAGAGCGAGAUGCAAGCCUUCCUGUGGCCUCGCUUGAGUUUAGAGCGCGGAAAGAAGUUGCUGGAAGUGCUGCAGAGCGAUCGCUUUGUGUCCCGGCCGCUGCUCGUCCACGCCUUCUCCAUCGGCGGUUUCACAUUUUCCCAGCUGCUGGUUCUGGUGUCCGAGGAUCCGCAGAAAUACCAGACUCUCACAGGGAGGAUCAAGGGUCAGAUCUACGACAGCCUGGUGGCCGGGUCCGUGGAGACUAUGGCUUCAGGUGUGGCCAAGAUGGUGUUUCCUCAGUGGGACACGGCAGUGAAACAAGUCAGCCUGCUUUACUUCAACGCGUUCAAGCGCCAAACGACAGACUACUACAACCGAAGCGUGGAGGUGUUUUGGAACUCUCCCGUCACCGCCCCCGCACUCUUUUUCUACUGCGACAACGACCCGCUGAGCGACACGCGCGCCAUGGAGGAAGUGAUCAGUUUUUGGCGGGAGCGCGGCGUGGACUUAACCGUGAAGAAAUGGGAGCGUUCCAAACACGCCGGCCACCUGAAGACCCACCCGCAAGAGUACCUGGAGACUUUGGGCUCGUUCGUCCAGUCACUCCAUAUCGUUCCUCUGAAGGCCAAGAUGUAGCAAUGCAGCAUUUGUAGACCUUAAAAACAUGUUUAUUUGCCGUCUAACUUGAAGUUAACUUCUCAGGUGUGUUGUACUACUUACAAUAGAAGGUCUAUUUAUUUCUAAUUCAGUUGCAUGAGAGAAAAUAGGCUAAUUCCUAAGAUUGUGGAUGGACAGGGCUUUUUUUUCUAGCCAUUUAAUUUAUAUUUUGUCAUAAUUGUCACUCAAAUGAUCAUACUCUAUUAAUUCACUAUAUACAAACCCCGUUUCCAUAUGAGAAAUUGUGUUAGAUGUAAAUAUAAACGGAAUACAAUGAUUUGCAAAUCAUUUUAAACCUAUAUUCAACAUUUUUUUUUUUUGCAAAUAAUCAUUAACUUUAGAAUUUGAUGCCAGCAACACGUGACAAAGAAGUUGGGAAAGGUGGCAAUAAAUACUGAUAAAGUUGAGGAAUGCUCAUCAAACACUUAUUUGGAACAUCCCCCAGGUGUGCAGGCAAAUUGGGGAAAGGUGGGUGCCAUGUUUGGGUAUAAAAACAGCUUCCCAAAAAAUGCUCAGUCUUUCACAAGAAAGGAUGGGGCGAGGUACACCCCUUUGUCCACAACUGCGUGAGAAAAUAGUCAAACAGUUUAAGAACAAAGUUUUUCAAAGUGCAAUUGCAAGAAAUUUAGGGAUUUCAACAUCUACGGUCCAUAAUAUCAUCAAAAGGUUCAGAGAAUCUGGAGAAAUCACUCCACGUAAGCGGCAUGACCGGAAACGUGACCUUCGAUCCCUCAGACGGCACUGUAUCAAAAACCGACAUCAAUCUCUAAAGGAUAUCACCACAUGGGCUCAGGAACACUUCAGAAAACCACUGUCACUAAAUACAGUUUGUCGCUACAUCUGUAAGUGCAAGUUAAAGCUCUACUAUGCAAAGCCAAAGCCAUUUAUCAACAACAUCCAGAAACGCCGCCAAAUUGUUUUUGGAAAUAUUCGACAUCGUGUCAUCCGGACCAAAGGGGAAGCGAACCAUCCAAACUGUUAUCGACGCAAAGUUGAAAAGCCAGCAUCUGUGAUGGUAUGGGGGUGCAUUAGUGCCCAAGGCAUGGGUAACUUACACAUCUGUGAAGGCACCAUUAAUGCUGAAAGGUA